AUGCCCGGAGCGGCUGCAGGGACGGCGGCGACAGGAGCAGGCUCGUCAGGAACGGCAGCAGCGGGGAUGCUCCCAGCUCAGGAGGCGGCCAAGAUCUACCACACCAACUACGUGAGGAACUCGCGGGCCAUCGGCGUGCUCUGGGCCAUCUUCACCAUCUGCUUUGCCAUCGUCAACGUGGUGUGCUUCAUCCAGCCCUACUGGAUCGGGGACGGCGUGGACACCCCGCAGGCGGGCUACUUCGGGCUCUUCCACUACUGCAUCGGCAACGGCUUCAGCCGGGAACUCACCUGCCGGGGCAGCUUCACGGACUUCUCCAGCCUGCCCUCAGGAGCCUUCAAAGCCGCUUCCUUCUUCAUCGGGCUCUCGAUGAUGCUCAUCAUCGCCUGCAUCGUCUGCUUCAUCCUCUUCUUCUUCUGCAACACAGCCACCGUCUACAAGAUCUGUGCCUGGAUGCAGCUGACCUCGGCUGCCUGUCUCGUCCUGGGUUGUAUGAUUUUUCCUGAUGGCUGGGAUUCAGAUGAGGUAAAACGGAUGUGUGGUGAAAAGACAGACAAGUACACGCUGGGGGCUUGUUCAGUCCGCUGGGCAUAUAUCCUGGCAAUUAUUGGAAUCUUGGAUGCCCUGAUCCUCUCAUUUCUGGCAUUUGUGCUUGGCAACAGACAAGACAGCUUGCUAGCAGAGGAGCUCAAGUUGGAAAACAAAGUCCUACUAAGCCAAUCCUCACUAGAAUGAGCACAAAACAAAACGAAUAACAGCUUUUGUACAUCAACAUUAAAAUGGAAAGAAGCUUGGGAAAGGGCCUCCGACAGAGAAGAAUGCUGAUGAGUGCAAAAAUGCCUGAUGGGUGAGCACCACCUUCUAAAUAUAGAUCAGCCAGACGUGGAAGUGCUUUUCAGAAGAGAAAUGCAAUCAUGGAUUACACACCAGCUCAUUAGAAACUGUUGCUGAAUACAGCAUCCAGACGACAUGCAUGAAAAGUCACAUUUGGGGAAUAAAUUAAAAGGGGUGUAGUUGUUGCUAGAUAAACAUAUGUAAUAUAUAUGCAUUGAAGAGGUUUGUAAAUGUCAUUUUUUUAUUCAGAUGGAAAGCAAAAAGCUUUAAAACCUUUCACAGUAGAGAGGCAGUUAACUCCAGACUAUUCCUAUCCCAGUAGCCAAGAAGCAGAUAGGACAUCUCUCUUAAAUUAGCAUUUAUAAAUAAACUUUCUGAAUGUUUCCAUCACAUAGAGGAAAAAGCAUAACUUUUACUGCUGCAUUGCUGCACUUCAUCUACUUCACUGUAUAAUAAGUUGACUAAAACUGUAAAGCUUCUCAAUUUUUACUGCAUAUGUGUUCCAAUUAAUCUAUGUCUGUAACAAACUUGAGACUGAAAAAUUAUUUCUGACCUAUAUUCUAGUUCUGUGAAGCAUAUAUACUAUAAGGUAUGUCUGAAUAUCAUGAUACUAUAAUUUCCCAAGACACAUAGAAUUGUUUGUAUUUGAAGUGACAAAAUAAAAGCACUUGAUUUCUUUUUCUAACAGGAGAAAGUAAUUUACCCCUUAAAUGUAACAGACAGCUGCUUACUGCAAGGACAUUUCUAUUAUUUUCCUUGUCCUGCCAUAUAACCGCUGAGUGACAUUCUCUGGCCCAUGCUAAUGCCAAUCAGGUGAGGUGAUCCAAUGGUCCCUUUUGGCCUUAAUCUCAAUACAUGAAUUAAAAGAUUGGCAAGCAAAUACAUGUUGCAAAUAGCUGUGUGAGGGCUGGGUGUGCAGAGCCCUGGGACACUGGUGGGGUGGUGUUUCCCUCCACAUGGGGCUCUGUGGGUCACUCCCCAAAGGGCACUGUCAUUGCCAGAAGCCACUGAGCAGUUAAACAAGGGAGGCAUAGGGUACCAAGAAAGACCCCACAGGGAAGGGCCUGGAUGCCAAGUGUCAGGCACAGAGCAGUGGAGGGAAGCAGGAACACCCUUUCUUCUGCUCUUCUCUGAAAGGUCUCAGCAUGGCAUGCCUCCUCCUGACGCAGGACCUGGUAGGAACACGCUGCUCCCUACAUUUUUCCCAUCCUCUUCUGCAUAUCAAAGCUGAAUACAGCCCAAAAUGAACACUCCAUUGCUAAAAAUCUUUAGAUUGUUUAAGCCUGUUGCUUCAUUCUUUGCCUUUUGGAGGAAAUGGCUAAAAUAACAAUUCAUUGCUAAUGUUGAUCCCAAAUAACAUAAGACACUGAAGGCAUGAGUAGAAAAACUGGGAUUUAACUGCUGGCUGCACAGUAGAGAUUAUUGCAGAAUUUAGUGUAUGAAUCUCAGAAAAAUUAUUUUAUUUUUAAUGACAAGUUAUCUUUAAGUGAACUUAAGUCAAUAAACACAGGGAAUUAGAGAACUCUUCUGACUACCAAGGUACCCCUGUGGCGCUCCUUGUCUUAGAGACUGAACGCUGAUGUGGAUGUCUGCCAAGUAAAUUUAUGUGUGAAUCUGGCAGCAUUAUUGGGGUCUUUAAGUUGUUUUAAUCCAAAUCUGCUCUCGUAACAGUGUGUAGGAGACUCUUCUCCUGAUGCCUGCAGGACCAGCAUUAGAGCUGGUCAAAAACCCCACCCAAAUCAAUCAACCACCAUAAAUAUAUUCCCAGUACCUGCUGCUGACCUGAAGGGGAUGCAGGUUAAAAUGAAGUAGUUUACACCUAAGGCUGCAUAAACUCAUUCAGGUCCCACUUCUGACAAGUUUUUAAAUCUGUGAUUAGACUAACCAAUGCCAGCUGGAAAACGUACAUCCUUAAGGGCUGGAUGCAUUCAGGAGUCCCUGUUAAAUGGCAUCUCAGUAAAGCCCAUCCUCAUUCAACUGCUCUUACUGGCUCACAGCCACACUCUCACCUCCAAAGCCAAAUUCCGAAGAGUUUACUAUUUGGAUUUGCUAUCGUACCACUGUCUUCAUUUGCUCCUUAGAUUUACCUCUAUCCCACGUUAUUGCAGUCAUGGCGCUUUUGCUGUGACAGAAUCACUGAAACAGGGUUUCACUGCAUUAUGUUACUAUACUAUGGACUACUAAGUUUUACUAAGUUUUGCAUCAUGGUGACUGUUCAAUGUAAAAUCCCUUUCUAAAUAUACACAAACAUUGCAAAAAAGGUGUCAUCACAAAACCUUGCAACCCUGCCAGGGCAGCGCGGUGAAUAAGUACCAUCUGUACACAGUUAGGAGAGACAUACCAGGAUGUCCAUCAUUAAUUGUUGACUCAGUAUGAAUAGUAUGUUUUAAAAUGUUCCUGCUUUCCCAUCCCAAUCCAUUGUAACUUGUCAAUUGUAACUUUUUUUUUAAGCCAACAAACUGUAAAGAAAACUGUUGAA